CUUUCUUCCUCUCUCUCUCUCUUUCCUCGUUCGUGCUCUACUUUUUUCCCCCUCCCCAACCCACUUCGGUGACCCGCAUUGCUGACUUUAUUUUGGGGGACUGCCCAGCAAGGAAAAAGUGGGGCGCAAGCAAGCAAAGAAACAAAAAGGACAUUAAAUUAAUUUAAAAAGAAAGGACCAGAGGAGGGUAGAAGAGAAGAAGAAAAAAGAAGGGAAACAGCACACAAGCCGAACAACUUCCACAAAAAGGGGAAAAAAAGAAAGAAGGAAGGGGGGAAAAACUCGCCAACGCGAACUGGGGAGGACAGCAAAAGAAAGAGAAAACAAAUAAAAACAAAGGUGGACUAAAUUAUAUAUUUAUAUCUAUCUAUAUCUAGACAGAGAGAUAAAUAGGUCUCUCUCGCAAGGACGCUUCCUAGCUGAAGAGCUGCGGGCUCAGCCCUCGGAAGAAGCGGAUCCGCUGGCAACCGAAAGCUACGGGGGGCGAGCAAUUUGGCCAAGGUGUCCCAUAGAUAUGGCAAUGGUAGUUGGCACGUGGCGAGACCCGCAGGACGAUGUGGCCGGCCCGCAAGGAACGCAGCCUUCGCAAGCGCCCCCUGUGCCGGGACCCCCGACGGGCGCCCCGCACACCCCGCAGACGCCGGGCCAAGGGGGCCCUCCCAGCACGCCCGCGCAGACCAACCAAGGCAGCCAGCAGAGCCAAGGCGAGAAGCAGCAGCAGCAGCAGCACAUUGAGUGCGUGGUGUGUGGGGACAAGUCCAGCGGCAAGCACUAUGGGCAAUUCACGUGUGAAGGCUGCAAGAGUUUCUUCAAGCGCAGCGUCCGCAGGAACCUCAGCUACACGUGCCGCGCCAACCGGAACUGUCCCAUUGACCAACAUCACCGCAACCAGUGCCAAUAUUGUCGCCUCAAAAAAUGCCUCAAGGUUGGCAUGAGACGGGAAGUUUCUUCCUUAUUUACUGCAGCCGUCCAGAGGGGCAGAAUGCCACCUACUCAGCCGACCCACGGCCAGUUCGCCUUAACCAACGGAGACCCCCUGAACUGCCACUCGUACCUCUCCGGAUAUAUCUCCCUGUUGCUGAGGGCAGAGCCUUACCCGACCUCCCGCUUCGGCAGCCAGUGCAUGCAACCCAACAACAUUAUGGGCAUCGAGAACAUUUGCGAGCUGGCGGCUCGGAUGCUUUUCAGCGCCGUCGAGUGGGCCCGGAAUAUCCCCUUUUUCCCCGACCUCCAGAUCACCGACCAGGUGGCCUUGCUGAGGUUAACCUGGAGUGAGUUGUUUGUCCUCAACGCGGCCCAGUGCUCCAUGCCCCUCCACGUCGCCCCGCUCCUGGCUGCCGCCGGCCUGCACGCCUCGCCCAUGUCCGCCGACCGAGUUGUAGCCUUUAUGGACCACAUACGAAUCUUCCAAGAACAGGUCGAGAAACUUAAGGCCUUACACGUGGAUUCGGCGGAAUACAGCUGCUUGAAGGCCAUCGUCCUUUUCACCUCAGAUGCGUGUGGUCUCUCCGACGUAGCCCACGUUGAAAGUUUACAAGAGAAGUCCCAGUGUGCGUUGGAAGAGUACGUAAGGAGUCAAUAUCCGAACCAGCCUACGCGAUUUGGGAAACUGUUGUUACGCCUCCCAUCUCUCCGCACCGUCUCUUCCUCAGUCAUAGAGCAAUUGUUUUUCGUCCGUUUGGUAGGUAAAACCCCCAUAGAAACCCUUAUCAGGGAUAUGUUACUGUCUGGAAGCAGUUUUAACUGGCCUUAUAUGGCCAUUCAAUAAGGGGAAAAAAUGUUGGAGAGAGGAAAAAACAAACCCACAGAUGAGAGAAUUUGAAAAAAAAAAUAUGAAAAUUUUGGAACGAAGGAUUUUUGCGAGUGACAUUGGGGUCUGGCGGUUGUUUAAACGUCCUUCAGCUAAGCAAGGAUGUUGCAUCUUGGCUAAAAAUGAAGAGAGAAUAAUUGGAAUGGACUGAAUACUAAUUAAAAAAAAAGACUUGUGAUAUGAACUUUUUACAGACUGAAUUAAGAAUUCCCCUGUUGUCCAGAAGUUGCUACUUCUCUCUCUCUCUCUCUCUCUCUCUCUCUCUCUCUCUCUCUCUCUCGUUGUUUUUUAAAAGAAAAGGGGAAAGGAAUUUUUUCUUUUUUUCUUUUUUCUGGGGUGUUUAACUUGAAACACAAUCUCUUGCUAAAAGUGCAUUUAAAAGAAAUCUGGAGAAAAUUAAUGGAAUGGAAACAAGUCUCUCUCUCUCUCUCUCUCUCUCUCUCUCUCUCUCUCUCUCUCUCUAUCUCUCUCUUUUCCAAAUUAUUAAUUUGUCCUAUGUUGUCUGUGUACCUAUAGGGUUUUGUUUGGGUUUUUUUGUAUUUUUUCUGGUUCCAAACCAGUUUAUUCUGUGGUUCUAUAAUAAUUUUGAUAUAAUCUUGCCUUCAUUUAAAAAAACAACAACUGUGUAUCCUUUUUUUAAAAAAGUUCUGAAAGAAUUAAAACUGUCUCAGAAAGGUUUAUGAGAAGAACAUAAAGAGGAAAAAAAAUCCCCACAAUAGUAGGAAAGAUGGAAGCGCACUUACAACUAGUCAGCCAAAAUUUAGCUCCAAGCUACAACAGCUAUAAUUAUUGAGACCGAAUAAAAGAGAACCACAACUAUCCCCCCACCCGCAAGCCCACCUUCCCUUGACUAGGUUUUUUUAUAUAUAUAUCUAUUUUAAAGACAAAACAUGAAUUUUGGAAGGGAAUGCGUAUUUCUUGGAGGGAGAAGGAAUUGUGUCUAAGACACAACACGGUUUUGAUGAAAACACACAUACACACACGCACGCACACAAAACCACACAUAGGGUUUCAUCACAAAGUGAACUUUUUUGUAAUUUGAAUGAAAAUUGGGUUCCGCCUAGUUGUCCUAAAUUGUUACCAAGUUCCUCUAUCUGUUUGUAUAUUUGCAAGCUCUUUGUAUUAUAAUACUUGUUGAUAUUUUCCCUUUUUUUAAAGAAAAAAGAAAAAAAACCCAUUGAAUUCAGCAUGACAAAAAAAUAACACUACUGUUGGCACUUAUAGAUAAUGUGGUUGAUUCAGUAUCUUAGAGUUUACAGUUUUUGUGUUUUAAAGAAAAAAAAGCUGAAGGGUUUUUUUUUUUAAGUGCAACAUUUCUGUAUACUGUAAAAGUUAUAAUAACUGAAAACUGUUUGGUCCAGUCUUUGUGUGUUAUAUUCCAAGGAAAAAUUGAAAGUAUUCAGAAAUUAAAAUAUUAUUUGAUAUCUGA